UAUACGCUUAGCGUCAGUAGCAUUCUAAUUGCACAUGCGCGUUGCUCUUAGUUACGAAUUGUGCACCAACCACUCACAACUAACCUGCGUAGAACGUAUGAAAAGUUGUCAUAUAAUGACUACGAUCUCUCGUUGAACGAAAUAUACGUUCAUCUACACAACACAUGGUAGUCGAGGGACGCGGGACGAAAAGAGGAAGAUUCUAACUCUCUCACAGCAAACAGAGGAAAGCAAGGGGAGAGAAAACUGUGGAGAAGUGGGGAGAAACGAGAAGAACCGACGAAUCGGGUAAGAGAAGAAGCACACAGCAGAAGGUGCACAUCGGUGCACGUACGAGACGAAGUGACGGCACGCCGAAACCGAAACGCAAGAGCGUUCAGCCACGAACGAUUAAUGUCGCAUUUCCGUACUGUUUUUCUACGCGAGCCUCUUAUCCAGUGAGUGAUAUCUUGGUGUUACAAACGUAAUACCCCGUGCUUUUAGAGAAUGGCAUCUGACGAGGAGGUGGACGAGAGCUACGCGGGGGAAGAUGAUUUAGAUGAAACUGGAGGUCAAGUUUCAAAUGUCAAUCAACAGGUAGACGGUUCUUCAGAUGCUGAAGAAUCUCAAAGACUAGAAGAAGAUGACGACUAUGAGCCAGAGGAAAGGAAAAAGAAAAAAGGGAAGAAGCGAAAAGCACGAAGUGAAGAUAAAAAAGGCAAAAAGAAGAAGAAAAAGAAAAAAUCUGAUUCUGGAGAUGAAAGUGAUUUUGCAGCUGGUGGUGAACCAGGUGACGUAGCUGGAGAUGAUAGUGAUUAUGCAGGGAAUAGAAAAAGUAGAAAAUCUUCUUCCAGAAAGUCGUCCAGUCAUAAUACACCGGCUGCACCAAAUCAAGAGCCUACAACAGGCAUGCCUACUAUCGAGGAAGUGUGUAACACCUUUGGACUGACUGAUGUACAAAUCGAAUACACAGAUGCAGACUUCCAAAAUUUAACAACGUACAAAUUAUUCCAACAACAUGUUAGACCACUUCUAGCAAAGGAGAAUCCAAAAGUUCCAAUGUCAAAACUGAUGAUGUUGGUAGCCGCUAAAUGGCGAGACUUCUCUGAACUGAAUCCUCACACGCAACCUGACGCGGAUGUGUCAUCCGCCGCGAACGUUGAUGAGGAAACCAGAAAUGCAAGAGCAAAUCGCAGCACCGCGGUACAAGAAGGCGAAGACGAGGAAGAUGAUGACGAAGAUAGCGAUAGAAAGCGAAAAUCACGAGGCUCCAGAGCGAAGAAAGGAAAAAAAGCUUCCAAAGUACCGACGCUUAAAAUAAAACUUGGGAAGCGUAAACGAGGAAGCUCGGAUGAAGAAGCAGAGGGUAGUGGUGUUGGCAGUGAUAGAGAUUCUGAUAUGGAAUUUGAGCAGAUGCUAGCUGAUGCAGAAGAACCUGCUGGUACCGAUGGAUCCACUAAAGGCAACGCCGAAGAGAACGGAGUUGAACCGCCUGCAGAACCGCCUGUUCGCAGGAAGGCAAAAACUAAAAUCGGAAAUAAGACCAAGAAGAAAAAAAAGACGAAAACCACAUCCAAGUUUCCAGAUGGAGAAGAAGGAAUUCAGACUGAUCACCAAGAUUAUUGUGAGGUGUGCCAACAAGGUGGAGAGAUUAUACUAUGUGACACUUGUCCUAGAGCAUACCACUUGGUAUGUCUGGAGCCUGAGUUAGAAGAAACGCCUGAAGGAAAAUGGAGUUGUCCUCAUUGCGAAGGAGAAGGUAUUACAGGUGCAGCCGAGGAUGAUGACGAACAUAUGGAAUUCUGUAGAAUAUGUAAAGAUGGUGGUGAACUGUUAUGCUGUGAUAGUUGUACUAGUGCAUACCAUACACAUUGUUUGAAUCCACCACUGUCGGAAAUUCCUGAUGGCGAUUGGAAAUGUCCAAGAUGUUCUUGCCCGCCUAUACGUGGUAAAGUUGCAAAAAUUUUAACGUGGAGGUGGAAAGAAUGUUCAGAAACGCCAUCAGAAGAACCCUCGACGAGCAAAGCUGCGCCUAAGCAACGUAAAAUACGUGAAUUCUUUGUGAAAUGGGCGGACAUGUCAUAUUGGCAUUGUGAUUGGAUUACGGAGUUACAACUUGACGUUUUUCAUCCUCUCAUGUUCAGAAACUAUUCACGAAAAUAUGAUAUGGAUGAACCACCAAAGCUAGAGGAACCAUUGGAUGAAAGUGAUACUCGUGUGAAACGGUUGAAGGAACAGGAUGGUGCUACGAACAGAGACGAGUAUAACUUAGAAGAACGGUUUUACCGUUACGGAGUUCGACCAGAAUGGCUAGUAGUACAUCGUGUAAUUAACCAUCGGCUCUCAAGAGAUGGUAGAGCGACGUAUCUUGUUAAAUGGAGAGAAUUAGGAUACGACCAAGCCACUUGGGAAGAUGAGCACGAAGAUAUUCCGGGUUUAAAGCAGGCCAUUGAGUAUUAUUUGGAUCUUAGAGCAGCGAAUUGUUGCGAUGGCAGCUCCUCCCGCAAGGGCAAGAAGGGUAAAGGUAAAAAAUCAAAGACUCGUGAGCUUAUCGACGAUGAGGAGAGAACACCUAAGAGGUACACUCCACCACCCGACAAACCUACAACAGAUCUCAAGAAGAAGUAUGAACGACAACCGGAGUACUUGGAUCAGACUGGAAUGCAAUUACAUCCGUAUCAGUUAGAAGGUUUGAACUGGUUAAGAUAUUCAUGGGGCCAAGGUAUAGAUACAAUUUUAGCAGAUGAAAUGGGUUUAGGAAAAACCAUCCAAACUAUUACUUUCUUAUACUCACUGUACAAAGAAGGACAUUGUAAAGGCCCUUUUCUUGUGUCUGUUCCUUUAUCGACCAUUAUUAAUUGGGAACGUGAAUUUGAAACCUGGGCACCUGAUUUUUAUUGUGUAACCUAUGUUGGCGAUAAAGAUAGUCGUAUCGUAAUACGCGAGAACGAAUUGUCUUUUGAAGAAGGUGCUGUUCGUGGAGGACGAGCAUCAAAGAUUCGAUCGAAUCAAAUUAAAUUCAACGUGCUCCUCACGAGUUACGAGCUUAUUUCAAUUGAUUCUGCGUGUUUGGGAUCAAUAGAUUGGGCCGUAUUAGUAGUUGACGAGGCACAUAGGCUAAAAUCUAAUCAGUCAAAGUUCUUCAGAUUAUUAGCGUCUUACAAUAUUGCGUACAAAUUACUUUUAACUGGUACUCCGCUACAAAAUAAUUUGGAAGAACUUUUCCACUUAUUGAAUUUCCUGUGUCGAGACAAAUUUAACGACUUAGCCGCUUUCCAAAAUGAGUUCGCUGACAUCUCAAAAGAGGAGCAAGUUAAAAAAUUGCAUGAACUGCUUGGACCUCACAUGUUGAGGAGAUUAAAGGCUGAUGUGUUAAAGAAUAUGCCAAGCAAGUCAGAAUUCAUUGUCCGUGUUGAAUUAUCGCCGAUGCAAAAGAAGUACUAUAAAUACAUCUUAACGAGAAACUUCGAAGCUUUGAAUCCCAAGGGUGGAGGUCAACAAGUGUCUCUGUUAAACAUCAUGAUGGAUCUUAAGAAGUGCUGUAAUCAUCCCUAUCUAUUCCCAGCUGCAUCUCAAGAAGCACCAACCGCGCCUAAUGGAACCUACGAAACAUCAGCGUUAAUCAAAGCAGCUGGAAAAUUAGUAUUGUUGAGCAAAAUGUUAAGAAAAUUAAGGGAUGAUGGGCACAGAGUACUAAUUUUCUCUCAGAUGACGAAAAUGUUGGAUAUUCUCGAAGAUUAUUUAGAAGGGGAAGGAUACAAGUACGAAAGAAUCGAUGGUAACAUCACGGGAGCUCAACGACAGGAAGCCAUUGACAGAUUCAAUGCUCCUGGUGCUCAGCAGUUUGUCUUUUUACUUUCUACUCGUGCUGGUGGUUUGGGUAUAAACCUGGCAACUGCCGAUACCGUAAUCAUUUAUGAUUCAGAUUGGAAUCCGCAUAAUGAUAUUCAAGCGUUUAGCAGAGCCCACAGAAUCGGUCAGGCUAACAAAGUCAUGAUUUAUAGAUUUGUCACACGUAAUUCCGUCGAGGAACGGGUAACACAAGUGGCGAAACGUAAAAUGAUGCUGACACACUUGGUCGUCAGACCUGGAAUGGGUGGGAAGGGUGCCAAUUUCAGUAAACAAGAGCUCGAUGACAUUUUACGGUUCGGUACCGAGGAACUGUUCAAAGAAGAAGAAGGCAAAGAAGACGAAGCUAUUCACUAUGACGACAAAGCAGUUGCUGAAUUGUUAGACAGAAGCAAAGAGGGUAUUGAACAGAAAGAAAACUGGGCCAACGAAUAUUUAAGUUCUUUCAAAGUCGCGUCGUAUGUGACAAAAGAAGGAGAAACGGAAGAAGAAGCUGAUACAGAAAUUAUCAAACAAGAAGCAGAGAACACAGAUCCUGCUUAUUGGAUCAAGCUCUUGAGGCAUCAUUAUGAACAACAGCAAGAAGACAUUGCUAGGACGCUUGGAAAAGGUAAACGAAUACGUAAGCAAGUGAAUUAUAAUGAUGGAGUAGUUACCGGUGAUCAGAGCACGAGAGACGAUCAGCCUUGGCAAGAAAAUCUAUCAGAUUAUAACAGCGAUUUUAGUGCUCCAAGCGACGAUGACAAAGAAGACGACGAUUUCGAUGAAAAGGGUGACGGAGAUCUUCUAUCCCGCAGAAGUAGACGACGAUUGGAAAGAAGAGACGAAAAAGAUCGACCUCUUCCACCGUUGCUUGCACGAGUCAAUGGAAAUAUUGAAGUAUUGGGCUUCAAUGCCAGACAAAGAAAGGCAUUCCUCAAUGCAAUCAUGCGUUACGGUAUGCCACCACAGGAUGCGUUCAACUCUCAGUGUAUAUUGUCGCAUUUCAGGCUGGUGCGUGAUCUGAGAGGUAAAUCGGAGAAGAACUUCAAGGCAUACGUUUCCCUGUUCAUGAGACACCUGUGCGAGCCUGGAGCAGACAACGCUGAAGCGUUCGCGGACGGUGUGCCACGGGAGGGUCUCAGUAGACAGCAUGUUCUGACGAGAAUCGGUGUAAUGUCUUUAAUUAGGAAAAAGGUACAAGAGUUUGAGCACAUAAAUGGGUACUACUCUAUGCCGGAGAUGAUUCGAAAACCAGUUGAACCCGUGAAAGUGGAAGGAGAGGCGGCGACUGGAACAAGUAGCACCAGUGCCACUCCAGCUACUUCCAACGCACCUAGUCCAAGUCCUGCUGCAACUCCAACCCCGCUCACAAUUUCUGGAUCGACCAACACUGAAACGAAUAAGGCUAAUUCUGAAUCAUCUGAAGGAAAGGAGUGUAAAGAGGAACAAAAAGACAAAGAUAGCACAGAUGGCAAGGAUGCGAAGGAGGAGUCGAAGGAGACGAAGGAGGAGGAAGAUAGUACUGCAGAGAAAGAAAAAGAGAAGGAGGAAGUGAAAAAGGAAGAGAAGGAGGUAGAGGCAGAAACAGCUUCGGACAAAGAAAAAGAUAAAAGCGAUGCGAAAGAUGCUGACAAACCACAGUCCAAAACCGAUGAAAAAGUAGAAAGUAGUGAAACGAAGCCAAAACAGGAUUCUGAAGAGGACGUGGUUAUUGUUAAAGAUGACGAAGAAGAAGCUGAAAAGAGAGAGGAUAAAGACAACAAGGAAAAAGACGUGAAGGAUUCUGAUCCAGAAAUGAUGAAGCCGAAGCGUAAGUUCAUGUUCAAUAUAGCAGAUGGUGGUUUCACAGAAUUACACACAUUGUGGUUGAACGAGGAGAAAGCUGCUGUACCUGGUCGCGAAUAUGAAAUAUGGCAUCGAAGACACGACUACUGGCUGUUAGCUGGUAUUGUUACGCAUGGCUAUGGACGUUGGCAAGACAUCCAAAAUGACAUUAGGUUCGCAAUAAUAAAUGAACCCUUCAAAAUGGAUGUGGGUAAGGGUAACUUUUUAGAAAUAAAAAAUAAAUUCUUGGCCCGACGCUUCAAGCUGUUAGAACAAGCGUUGGUAAUAGAAGAACAAUUGCGAAGAGCAGCGUACCUGAAUCUAACGCAGGAUCCUAAUCAUCCUGCGAUGAGCCUAAAUGCAAGAUUUGCCGAAGUCGAGUGCCUUGCAGAAUCGCAUCAACAUCUUAGUAAAGAAAGUCUUGCGGGCAACAAACCAGCGAAUGCUGUAUUGCAUAAGGUACUAAAUCAAUUAGAAGAACUAUUGUCCGAUAUGAAAUCGGACGUUAGUCGUUUACCGGCAACUUUAGCUCGUAUUCCACCCGUUGCUCAAAGACUUCAGAUGUCUGAGAGGUCGAUAUUAAGUCGACUGGCUGCCACUGCACCUGGUGGUAGCAGUUCUCAGUCUGGUCAAGCAGCCCUGUUAGCACAACAAUUCCCGGCAGGCUUCUCUGGAGGACAAUUACCGGCUACUUUUGCGGGUGCUGCCAAUUUUGGUAAUUUUAGACCACAAUAUUCAGUACCAGGUCAACCACCACAAGGUUUCACAGCUUGAAGAGUAAAUGGUUGACAAACAAUGGCUCAAACGUGAACUCGUAAUGGCGCAAAUUACACUACCUUAACGAGAUCGUAUGCGCUAUAUUAUUUUUCGUAAAUUACGAUUUUUAGCUGAAUUUCAUUAGAGAAAAGACGCUAAAGUAUUAAAAAAAGGGAAAAAAAGAAAAAAAUAACGAAAAACACACGUGCGUAAUAUCUUACAUCUAAAUUACAUUAUUCCUGUAUUUAUUACAUGUACAUUCGAGUUUAGCAUCAAGAUUUUCAUGUUUUGUAUUUAUACAUACGGUCCUUGUGAAAGAUGGCAUAAAUUAUUUUCUUAAGCGAUAUUAAGAGCAUGAUUUAUACUUCUUCAUCGACGGUGUGUAUCGUAUUGUAAUGAUAAGUACAUUUUACUUAAAAAAAAAAAAAGCAAACUUAUUUAAGAGACAAGAAAUAGAUUUGCGUGGAUCGUAAAGUGCGUUAACAAGAUACGCCAAUCGAUAUUAUUCUUAUAAUUUAUUCAAAACUUUUUUCCACGACAAUAAUUUCUUUUUAAAUAUCUGAAAGACUUAAUGUGGUAUCCCUUAAUCUAUUAUUUAACGAUUCAGGAAAUUUUAUUUAGAUUGCAUGUUUACACACAAGUACCAAGAAAUGCUACUAAAAAUUACUGACAACAAUGUAUGAUAAACAAUGGCAAUCAUUUUAGUU